AUGUUUCAAGGGGAAAUAAGCUUAAGCGGAUGCUUCAAAAACGCGAAGCCCCUGUUGCCACGAAGCCCGAGGUGUCGGUGAAAGAAACGGCGGCCAAGGAGUUCCUAAGCAGCCUGAGACGGCAGCGGCGCCAGCUGUGGGACCGAAGCCAGCCCGACGUACAGCAGUGGUACCAGCAGUUCCUGUACCUGGGAUUCGAUGAGGCGAAAUUUGAAGAUGACAUCUCCUACUGGACAAGCUUAGGGCGUGCUCGUAACGAAUACUAUGGUGGAUACUACCAACACCACUACGAUGAAGAUUCACCAAUUGGCCCACGAAAUCCACACACCUUCAGGCACGGAGCAGGUGUCAACUACGAUGAUUACUAA